AUGUUCAUUGAGGAAACAAAAGCAAUUUAUGUUUUGAUAGUUGUAUUAACUAUACUUUAUUUGAUACAUAAGUACUGUUUUGAAACAGAUAUAGGAAAGAUCAAAGGUAUUCCACAGAUACCUGGAGCGGUGCCAAUAUUUGGACAUUUAUUGAAGCUAGGAGAAGAUCAUGCGACAGUUUGUGAAAAGUGGUGGAGGGACUAUAAUUGGCCCAUCUUUCAAAUUAAAUUAGGGAAUACACGAGCAGUCGUAGUCAAUUCUUGGGACGAAGUUAAUCAAAUGGUGACCAAAACCCAAGGAGCUCUUAUUGAUCGUCCAACUUUGUACACAUUUCACGGGCUCAUUUCUUCGACCCAAGGAUUUACUAUUGGCUCGUCGCCUUGGGAUGAAUCAUGCAAAAACAAGCGUAAGGCUGUUGGAUCGACUCUAAAUCGUGGUGCUUUGAAGAAUUACCUUGAUAUGUUUGAUUUAGAGACUUAUUGUCUUGUCAGAGAAUUGACACGCGACUCUAAUAAAGGUAAGUCCGAAGUUAUGAUAAGACCAUUUAUUCAGAGAUUAGCUUUGAAUACAACACUCACAUUGUGCUAUGGUAUUAGAAUGGAUAACGUAUAUGAUGAUCUUUUGAGAGAAAUCUUGACAGUGGGUUCUGCAAUAUCAUUAUUGAGGUCAGCAUCAGAGAAUCUUCAAGAUUAUGUACCUAUACUUCGUUUCCUUCCGAAUAAUGAGAAGAAUAAGAGAUCAAAGGAACUUCGAGAUCGCCGUGAUGCUUACUUAAAUGAGUUAAUGGAUAAGGUGAAAACGAUGAUAGAUAAUGGAACUGAUAAGCCGUGUAUUGCGGCUGCCAUUUUAAAAGAUGAUGAAAGCAGGUUGAACAAUGUGGAAGUAAACUCUAUUUGCUUGUCGCUUGUUUCUGGUGGUUUUGAAACAAUUCCAGGUACUUUAACUUCAUGUCUUGGUUCACUUUGCACCAAGGAAGGCCAAUCUUAUCAAGAAAAGGCCUAUGCAGAUAUAAAAAGACAUUAUCCUAAUAUAUCUGAUGCUUGGACAGAAUCUAUCAAGGAAGAGAGCAUACCAUAUAUCAAUGCUAUUGUAAAGGAGGCUGGUCGUUAUUAUACGGUUUCUGCAAUGAGCUUACCAAGAAAAACAGUUAAACAAGUUUUUUGGAAUGGAGCUGUAAUACCACCAAAAACUAUGGUACUUAUUAAUGCUCAAGCUGCUAAUCACGAUAUCGACUACUUUGGACCAGAUGCAGGUACAUUUAAUCCGGACCGCUACAUGGACGAAAGUGGUUUGCAAGAAAAAGAGAUUAAGGGCCUCCCCCAUCAAAGUUUUGGAGGUGGCCCAAGAUCUUGUUCUGGGCAGUAUAUUGCGCAGAGGUUAAUAUAUGCCUCUCUCGUUAGAAUCUUGAGUGUUUUCAAAAUUGUUGCAUCAGAUUCUGAGCCUCCAAAUACCGAUUAUGUUGAUUACAAUCAAUUCAAAACUGCUUUGGUCGCCAUUCCCAGAGAUUUCAAAGUGAAAUUGGUUCCCCGGGAUCCGAAAUUACUAGAGCAAUUAUUAAAAGAAUCAGAGAAACGUACAGCAAACUUUUACAAAGAGAAUUAA